AUGAAAUCUGUUCAAGAACCUGUCGACUUAAGGAUAGAAGAGGAGCAGGGUGGAAAAGCAAAACUUAGGAAAUGGCUUAACAUGAAUUUUAGGAUUGAGAUGACCGAUGGAAGAAUUCUAAUUGGCGUAUUUUUAUGUACAGACAGGGAUGCCAAUGUAAUCUUAGGUGCUUGUUCAGAAUACUCAAAGAACAGUGACGGAGAAGCGGAGGAGCCAAGAGUGCUAGGUCUUGUAAUGGUACCAGGCCGGCAUAUUGUAUCUAUACAAAUUGAUGAUACCUCACCCCCACAAAAACAUUACUAUGAAAUGAUUUGUUAA